AUUCAUCCGGCGAUUAGCACAUUUAUUUUAAGUGUGUGUGUCAAGUGGAUUAUUCUGUACAAUUGACUGCCUUUCGAUUUUGCCAUAUUUUUAAAAGAAAAACUGUAGUUAUUAAAUAUCGCGUUAGAAGGAACCGCACUGUUGGCAGUUGGUGCAAGGAACUGGUAACACUUUAUAAAUGUAUGUAGGUUAGAUGUGAGGACUUUGACCGUUAGCACGAUGUCCUCCUAUGUCAUGGUGUCUUGUAAAGAUCGCGCCUUUACCGGACUUCCCCAAUAAUAAAACUGCUCUUCAGAAGUGUGCUUUUUACUUGGUUUUUGGAGUCUAUGGAGAACAUCAUGAAUUAUAUAUCGCAUUUAUGAAAGUUUAUGAUUUGUUGUACCUUUUUCGGAUAUGUUUCAUGUAUGAGGAUGUGUGAAGACAAUAAUAAGAAAUUAUAGUAGCACUCAAUGCUUGAUUAUAAUUCUGCUAAAAAGUUUUCAUUGAUUUGCAUUUUUUCUGUAACAGCUGAGUUUCGGAUUACCUUAUAUAUAGUAGAGGACCAUUGGGUAACAUCUGCAAAAGCUCCAAGUAUAUUUUUAAGAAUAGUUACUGUAUUUACAUGAUUUUAUUAUAAUUUAAUUUUAAUUUUGCAGUGGACGGAACCUACGAACAGUGUUCUCUUCGUGAGCUACGUACAGACAGAUGCCCGCGCUUCUUCUCGUCCUGAGCUACGAACACGCGUAGGCUUCGUGACCCUCGAGAGCCGGAAGUGCGCCGGCGCGGCGCGCACUGCAUUAUGGGAUAUUACAGUGAAGUGGCGGCGCGGUGCCGCAAUGUCUCCCAGAGAGAAGUGGUGGCUCGCCUUUCUCUCUCUGGUCGCGUUUAGUUUGACGCUCUGCUUCGGUCCGCUCUUUCUCUCCGCGCUGCUUCUUCUCGGUCUCUCCUGCGUCGCCUGCUUUCAUUACAAGAGCGAGUGGCACGUUCACCCCGUGCUAGGCCCACAUCCUCGGGUUCACUUGAAGGUCCCGCCGGGCCCGAGGGGCUGGCUGCCGGGGAGAGACGCCAACGGAUUGCCGAGCCGGGACCGUCUCGGCAGAGUUGCUUCCCGAGACGCGGCGGCGGCGGUGGCGGUGUCGACCGCCAGCGAGAGGCACUUGGGCGUUUGCCACAAAGACGCUGAAAGCAGCGACUCGCCGGCGUUGCUCAGUCCCCGGGACUUUCUGAUGGGGAGCUACCUGGCCAAGGCGGACGGUCCGGCGUUGGGCGGGACCCGGGAGCUCCGCGAGCGGCUGAGCCGACCGAACGAGGCGGCGGACACGCCGAGGAGGCGCCUUUCCUUCGGCAGGGAGACCCUCGGCACGGUGGGGAAGCUCAUGGUCAGCCCGCAGCAGACGGGUUCCUCCGUGGUUGGAAUUCUGCCCCCCCCGCCUCAGCAGGAUGGCUUUCGGAAGAAGAACUUCCUGACUCAGCGCAACUCCCCUGUGCUCCACAGCCCAGUCACCGUGAAGACACCGGCCCUGGAUAAAACUCGGCCCCAGGUUUUCGACCACUUGAUCUCUCAGUCUUCAGGACUGGGUCCGCUUGCGGAUCACUCCUCCCCAGAGGCAGUGCCGAGUUCACUCAGGAUGAGCCGGAAGAGAGAAGUGGACAAAGUUGAGGACAGGAGCUCUGCUGCUGGGCACUUGAGCAAGAGAAGCAGAGACACCUUUGGCACAGAGGCUCGGUUCACUAUCACCCCGCAGCGACGCUACCCCCUUCAGCAGACCGGCUCCUACACGGUUGGAGUUCUGCCCCUGACUCAGCAGGGUGGCUCUCGGAAGAAGAAUUUCCUGCCCCAGCGCAACUCCCCUGUGCUCCACAACCCAGUCACUGUGAAGAUACCGCGGUUGGAUAAAAGUCGGCCCCAGGUUUUCGACCGGCACAUCUCCCCUUCAUCCUCUCAGUCUCCGCGACUGGGCCCCCCCGCCGAUCCCUGCUCAUUGGAGGCUGUGCUGAGCGUGCUCAAAGAGAGCCGCAAGAGGGAAGUGGACAGGGUCGAGGACAGAGCUUGUGCUACUAGCCAAAAGAGCAAAAGAAGCCGCCACGAAAGCACUGGAAGCUCCAGUUCGGCCGUGGAACUGCUCCUCGCCAACGGGGCCCCCUCCCAGCUGCUGCCCAAGGCUGGGAACCUGAAACGAGGGCUGAACAUGUCUAUGGUGGAGGAGUGCUCGUUGAAACGGUCUCGCACCUCUUCCACAAGCUCUGGGGGGUCCAGCCUGACUCCCUGCGGAGUUCUCAGCUCGGCCCGGAACCCAAUCCGCAGCUCCUACAGCUCAUCGCUGGGUUCUACUCAGCGCAAGAAGGCCUCCGGUUGCUCUCCGCUUUCGAGCACCGGCUCUUCUCACUCGCAGACCCCAGAAAGAACCUCCAAGAAGCCCAGGGAAGACGAGGUACAUUCACCCAGCUCUCUGUCUACACUGAGACCUGACAGCACAAAGAUGGAUGAUACUCCAGCUCCAGGGAAUGCCGCGCCAGCCCCCAAGGCUCCUGCUCCGGCAACCUCCUCAGAGUCUGGUGGGAGUGAGGGGACGCGCAAGCGUAAGAUCCAGCUGGUGUCGAGUCAAAGGGGAGACAGAAUCUCUCUGCCUCCGCCCCCUGAACUGGGCUACACUGUCACAGUGAAGGACUUGGACUUGGAGAAGAAAGCGGCACUCAGUAGGAUUCAGAAAGUUCUGCAGGAGCCAGAACCUGUGAAACCCACCCCCACCCCCAUGGUCCCCUCAUUUGCUGAGCCAGCAUCCAGCACGGCGCCGUCUGCUCCCACUGACCCGCUGCUGAGAGCCCCCGUUCCCAUCGUGUCCACAGCCGCCCCAGUCUGCAGUGCUGCUCUGCCCCCCGCAGCCAAUGUGGGGCCCGCACUAGCUGGCACUGGCAGCCAAGGGCCAACCUCUGUUCAGGCUGGUGUGGCCCCUGGCUCUGGCAGCCCUCUCCUGGAGUGCCUAAAGAUGAUGAACAGCCCAGGGGCCAGUCCUGCCACCUCCAGCCCUGCAGCCCCCCCACUAUCCGCAGUGACGACAAGCUCCACGGCCCCAAGUGCCGCGUCCUCAAGCAGCGGAGCCGUGAAGUUGGAGCCCAUCGUAACGACAGCGCAGCCAGCGGUGCAGCCCUCCAGCUCGGUGGCACCCCCCAGCUCUGCGCAGCCCCCCAGCUCACUAGCCAGCUCUGCCUUUGCCCAGGUGCUGGCCCAACCCCUUCAGCCAUCAAGCAGCAGCCUUACUGCGGUGGGGAACCUGAAGCUUGGCCUCAGAAUCUCCGCACAAUCGCCUGCCCCCACGGUAGCCCCUAGCAGCGGCAGCAGCAGUCCUCUUCUCACAUCUGCUUUUAAGCCCAUUUUUGGGACCGCUGUCAGUGGGACACCAUCCUCCUCCACGAGCACCCUGGCCGUCCCUGCCUUCAAGCCCAUUUUUGGGGGUGGCACAGAUAGCCCCACCUUCGGGCAGCCGGUGUCGUCGGCCCCGGCACCAGCCCCAUCGUCUGCUGCGGACUCCUCUGUGAAUGGCCCUUCCCUGUUUCGCGGCCUGUCUGGCGCCCCUGCAGCUCCUGCCCCCACUGACCCGGCGCCGGUCAAAUCUCUCUUUGGAAACUGGAGCUCGACACCACUCGCCAGCUCAACUCAGCCCACCUCAGCCACCAGCACUGGAGGCAUCUUCCAGUUUGGUGGUACGCCAGCUGCUACUGCUACUGCAGCGCUGUCUCUCAGCAGCACCAGCACGACGACGGCCACGACGUUUCAGUUUGGGUCAGUGGCCACCACUGCUGCGGCCACGCAGUCGUCCCUCCCUGGGACCUUCACGUUCGGCCAGUCUGUUGGCUCCUUUAGUGGGUUCAGCACAGCUGCCCCGACCACCGCGGCGACUGUUCCGGCUACAGCUACAGCUGGGCAGACUGCCUUCAGCUUUGGAAAGUCCUCGUUCAACGGCUCAGCCCAGGUGGCCAGUUCUGCUCUGCCGGGUGCAACCAAGCCAUUCGAUUUUGGCGGGGCCAACAGUGGCUCGACCACCUUCCCAUUCGGCACAGCAGCCUCCACAGCGGCACCCACUUUCGGGACUCCCAGCAAGCUGGCGUUUGGUGGCGGCCUACCGGUCUUUGGGUUCGGCAGCCCGACGGUCCCGUCGGCAACGCCAACCUUCGGUUCCAUCACUCAGACUCCGACCCCUGCGCCCCACUUUGCUUUCGGAGGGGCGACAUCCACCCAGCCCGGUAGCUCUGCGCCCCUUCAGAGCACUGCUGCUCAGCCAGCCACUGGAGGCUUCAACUUUGGAGCAUCCCUGUCAGGAGGCCAGUUUGGGGCGCCGUCCUCUGCCAACCCGACAGCGCAGGCAUCAGUCUUCACCUUCGGGGCUUCGAACACCCAGGACAACAAACCGGCCUUUGGAACGUCGAGCCCUGCUUUCGGCCAGAGUACUCCAGGUGCUCCUGUUUCGUUUGGUAUUCCAAGUACACCAACGCCAAACUUCAGUGGCCUCGCACCAUCACCCUUCGGGGCCUCAGCCGCUGCCUCCUUCUCCAUCGGCUCGGGCUCCAAGCCCUCCGGCGCCCGGCAGAGACUUCAGGCACGGCGACAACACCCCAGGAAGAAGUGACCUGCAGCUGAUUUUGGAGCCAUCGCCCGAUGGGCCGAACCGAGCAGCCGCCACUCCGCUGCCCGUGGCUUGUGGUUAACGGCUCUUAAGCUCACAUAUGGCGGCAGAAUGCGUCUGGCUUUGUCAUCUCCUGUCUUCACCAUUGUCACUCUGCAGCAGUGCAUCACGUUUCCACUUACUCGAUCGUGUCUGCAACAUUCAUGUGCGUGCGAGGGUCAGCAGCGAUCGUUUGUGUUUCUCCCCAGCGUCCAAAGCAGGAUUCGCCCACCACUUGAGUGAAAUGUUGUUGUUCUGCAGCACCACAAGCACACAUUGUGGUCACAGCGUGUAUCAGUGAGAUCUUAAUGAGGAGACUGAGUGCUUUAUGUGUAUUUCUAGAACCUAGUACCUGGUCCAGGGCCUGAAACUUUCAAGGAUAACGGAAUGCAAAAUAUAUUUUCCACAAAUAGUGUUUGCGUUUGUGUGAAGCAUUUUUAACGUUGCAGCAGAGGCCCAAGGUAUCUCCUUUUACACCUGAAGCCGCUCAGAUCGCGUUCGUGUCUACAAGCUCUCCUGGGCCACCAUCGCCACGAGCGGCUUUCUUCUAGACUACCUCCAGCUCCAUCUGGCUCUGCACCAGGGCUCUCGCACAACGGAACAGCAGCCUGCUGCCUGGUGCUGCUCAUUCCCAGCAUGCACCUCUCCUCCACCACUGCUUCACUGGGAUGCUGUCCUUGGACAACAUGGAAUAGAUAGAGCAGUUUCCUUGUAGUUAAACUACUUUUUCUUCCUUUUUUCGGGUGUGCAGUAUGUCUAGUGUGCUGCUGCUGCCGCCGCCCCCUCCCCCCCCCCCGCUCAAGUCCCACCCAGAGAAAUAUUUCUUAUUUUCCAUAUUUGUCUGUCUCAGAGAGUCUAGUUUGAAGGAAACAUGCAGUGAAUGGCGGCAUAUUGGUAGUGCCGGACAUGGUCUUAACUGCAGCGGGAAGGGGGGGGGUCCAUUUCAGGAAGUGCGAGCUUGGAUAUAAAAGUGUAUUUUAUACCUUUACUUUCUUAACACGGUUUUAAAUGUGAAUGUUGGGUUUCUACAAACUGUACUCAGCAGCUUGUUUGUUCACAAGAUUGAGAUGAUUGUUUAUGUUCAGUUUUCCGAGUGGGCAGGGGCGCUCUAUAACAGCACAUUGUAUUAAAGGUGAUUAAUGUGAUUUUACGUGCUAGCUUCCCAUAGCUAUUGGCAGUGUUUAUUCAAGGAAAGUUACAUUUACUACUCUGUAUAACUUGAAAUAUUUCAAUUACUUUGCACAUACUACUUUAAGAGGAAUACUUGUAUAUUUGCCUUAGUUCUGUGACACGAGAAGAGCCUUCAGUUGCUCUUUUUUCCCUUUUUUUGUACUUUUCAUAUAGACAGAUUUUCCAGUGGACUAGUCAGUUGCUGACUGUACAAACAGUAUGAAUGUAGUAUGUGGGAAUGAUUGGCUAAAUACGGGCAACAAAUGUUCCAAUCAAAACAUUAUUUUUGUACUAGAGCAGGUUGCCCUUUAAGAUUUCCUUCAAGCUUGGCUCACUGGGGCAAUGUUUACAAAAGAGGAUUUUUGUAAUUCGGAUUCUCUUUAGUUCUGUUUGGAAGAGUCCGCGAGCGUUGGUCUUGUUUUCUAAUGUGAAUAAGCACCUGCUCAGCCUGCUGCCUGCGCCAUGUGUGUGUUUGCAGUGCAUUCAUCCUUGAACUCCUCUCCCUUCUGCAUAUCAGUGCUUCUUUCAUGUUUAUGUCCUAUAGUGUGCUGCGCUCUGUGCCGCCCCGGCUUCCAAGGCUGCUGAAGUGCAGUGCAGAUCUCGUGUAGCACACGUCACUGCGGCAGGUGUGUGUGUGUGUGUGUGUGUGUGUGU